GACCUCCGAGAGGCUCUCUUCCGGUCCUGGACAAGGCUACAGUUGCCGGUUGGGUCCAAAGAGGCUGAGUCUGAGUUUCCCGGCAGCCCUCGCGCUGGAGACUUGUACACAAUCAUCAUGGCGUCCCAGGACGAAGUGGAAGAGCUGGGCAUGGAGGCGGAUGGACAGAAGUUAGAGCUGAGCUGUGCGGAGGGUGCAGACGCAAGUUCUCAGGACGAUGGCCCUGCACAGCCAGAGGCAGUCAGCAAUGGAGAGGACUCUGAGUCAGAGAAAGAACAUGUGGAGUUUAAAAUCAUCUGGAAUAAGAACAAGUACGACGUGAGGCUCCCAUUGGACAGCACCGGAGCAAGCCUUAAACAGAAGAUUCAUACACUCACAGGUCUUCCACCAGCUAUGCAGAAAGUCAUGUUUAAGGGGUUACUUCCCGAGGACAAAACACUAAGGGAAAUCAAAGUCACCAAUGGGGCAAAAGUAAUGGUAGUGGGAUCCACCAUCAAUGACGUAUUGGCUGUUACCACCCCCAAAGAAACCAUCCAACAAGAGGUGAAAGAAGAAGAGAGCAAGAAGGAGCCACUGUGCAGACAGAAGCAACAUAGAAAAGUGCUGGAUAAAGGAAAACCGGAAGAUGUAAUGCCGUCUUUAAAAGGCGUUCAGGAGCGGCUUCCAACUACGCCAAUAUCCGGUAUGUACAAUAAGUCUGGGGGGAAAGUCAGACUGACAUUUAAGCUGGAGCAAGAUCAGCUAUGGAUUGGUACAAAAGAAAGAACAGAGAAAAUCCCAAUGGGUUCUAUUAAAAAUGUACUCUCUGAGCCAAUUGAAGAACAUGACGAUUAUCACAUGUUGGCUCUCCAGCUGGGUCCUACUGAAGCAUCUUACUACUGGGUAUACUGGGUGCCAUCGCAAUACGUGGAUGCCAUCAAGGACACAGUGUUAGGAAAAUGGCAGUAUUUUUGAAGUUACGUUCACCUCUGGCAUAGAAUACAAGACGCUGGGAGGAGCCAACAAGACCGCCUUUUCCCAUCCUGCACCACAGUCACCGAUUUUUCCCCACCCCCAUCCCACCAUGGUGAUUUACCCAUUUUCCCAGCGCUCCACAGAACCUUACAGGGGUGGAACUUUUGCCAUGCGAAGCAUCCUGUGGGGGCAAAGAAGGCUUAUUCUAUAGGAGCCAGAGGUGACUGAUCGUACCUAGUUUACAUUUUUAAACGUUUUUCAAGUUGUGGGAUCCUGACCGCAGCUGCAUCAGCCAUAUACCCAAGAAUAAAAAAAGAAAACUUUUUUUUUUAAAUCCUUUAUUGGCAGGGGAGACUAAUAGAGAUCAUUCCCCCCUCCCCUCUUUCUCUAUUGGUCUCCCUGAACCACAUUGACAAAUAUUGGUUAUUUUGAUGCUGACAAGCCGCUAUCUGGAGACACGGCCUGCAGGGGGCAUCCUCACAGCAGGCAGCUACAAUACAUGCUGACCACCCCCAGUUAUCGCCGUUCACGAGAUUAUACAGUGACCGCAAGACAAGUCUUUUCAUGAUAAAAAGCGUUUGCCACAACCACGAUGGAGGAUGUCAACCUGUUUCAUAAAAUUGUUUUUUUUUUGUUUUUGUUUUGUUUUUUUGAAUUAAUAAUUUAGAAAACAAAAUAAUUAAAUCGGUGCAGGAAAGGCUGUACUGUC